CAGCCGACAAAAUCUGCUACAUUUGUACGCAUCAAAUAGCAAACAAAAUCAUCUGUUAUCAGUAUACUCCGCGGGAGGCAUACGAUUUUGAUAACCUUUCUUUGGGAUUUAGUUACAACAAACAGCAUCAGUACUCUGACGUUCUAUUCGUGUCCGAACCACAAAGUGAGCAAGUGUGGCCGCUUUAGCAGAAAAGUUUGUUAAAAAUGGUUUUCCUAGUAAAAAUUGCACGUUUUGGUACUCAAUUAAAUGCCGCACGUCAAAUUCGGUAUUUCAGUCUAAACAAGUUUCUGGCUGCAGAGCGCCGGUAUACAAACAAACAUGAAUGGGUGGAAGUUGAAGGGGUAAUUGGCACUGUUGGCAUUUCCAACUAUGCUCAGGAAGCGCUGGGGGAUGUGGUCUUUGCGCAGCUACCAGAUCCAGGCACAAGUCUAAAGCAAAAUGAUGAGUGUGGUGCUUUGGAAAGCGUAAAGGCUGCUAGUGAAGUCUACUCGCCCGUUAGUGGAAAAGUAACAGACAAAAAUGGUGCAGUGGAAAAUUCGCCAGCAUUAGUAAACACCAGUUGUUAUGAUAAAGGUUGGUUAUUCAAACUCACACUCAGCGAUCCAGGAGAAGUAGAAAAACUUAUGACCGAGGAACAAUAUUUGGCGUUCCUGAAAUCCGACGACUAGUAGAAGUGCACUGUUUAUUUCGAAAACUGUUGUCGUUUAGUUAUUUUCGCAAAUACUGGAAAUUCAACGCAAUUUAUUUCCUUUUGGAAAGCAUUUUUACUAUUUAGCUGAUAAGUUAAAAAUAUUUGAAUAUUUUUUUAGAUGAGAAUGUUGAUUUUGGUCCCACGUUUUCUACUAGCUUUUGAAAUGAUUUAAUAAUUAUAAAAAGUGCUAAUGAUUCCUGACCUUUGAAGGCUUUUUGUUGCUCUGAAAUUUGUUUCAUAGAUAAGAAUUAAUUUAAAGCCUAUU